CCAUUUGUUCUAACUGCUCUUUUGUGUCGAUCGACGGCUAGGGUUUUGAGGAGCGAGGGAGGGAGAGAAGAGAGAUGUUCUUGGGAGGGUUUCCCCGACGGCCGGACAAGGCCACGGCGUACAAGCAGCUGAAGAGACAUCUGGGAAUCAUGGGCGCCUUUAUCGUCGUCAUCCGCGUCACUCCCUACGUCCUCCAUUACCUCUCCCAGGAGAAGGAGGAGCUCAAGCUCGAACUCUGACGGCUCCCCCUCUCCCUCAGAUAAAUUGCCUGCAACAGGUUGGAGUAUACCAUGAAGAAGAGGGUGCUUUUGGUUGAUCUAUUAUGGCUAUGCGUCAAGAAGACUAUUUUGGGUUUCCAUAUCUUUUGAAUAUUAAAACAUAUACUUCGGUCGUCGUUCACCAAAUUGCUCUGAGAAACCAAGUUAUUGAGUGCUGUAUGUUGGCUUUAAUUGUUC